UUACAAUUCAAGCACCCUUUCUCCCCACUUGCACUCUCUCCCCAUCCUUGCCAAGCAAGAGCCAAGAAGAAUCUAGAGAGAGAAAACCCAAUCCCAGCAAUAAUUCACUUCAUACUUCAGAGAUUUGAGUUAAAAGAUCGGCUUUUCAUUGGAAAAUGGCUGGGAGUUGGAAACUGCUGUUGGCCCUCUGCUUAAUCUCGUCUCUUCUACUCUCCCACGCGUCUGCCGCCGGCGACCACGAUGCCUCCGGGUGGCUGAUGCCGGCCGUGAGACCGGGCUGCAGGGGAACCGUCGCAGAGUGCCUCGCCAACGAAGACGAGGAGUUCGAGCUGGAUUCGGAGUCCAACAGGCGCAUCCUAGCCACCCGGCGCUACAUCAGCUACGGCGCUCUUCAGAGGAACAGCGUCCCCUGCUCCCGCCGCGGCGCCUCCUACUACAACUGCCGGCCCGGCGCACAGGCCAAUCCCUACAGCCGCGGCUGCAGCGCCGUCACUCGUUGCAGGAGCUGAAGCAAAUGCAUCUCUCCAUCACUACUGCUAAAUAUUCUAUUCAUUUUAUUCUGCUUCCUGGAAAAUUUUUAAUUCUUUUUUCUUUUCUUCUUCUUCUUCUUUCUUUUUGGAGAGGGGGUGUUUGAUAUACGAGAAAUUAAUAAUUGAAGAUAGUGUUGUUGUGUCAUUGAUGGUGGCUGGCUCCUCAUACACACAGUCUUGGAGUUAUUUUCUUUUUCUGUGAAUAAUAAUUCAUACUCAAUACUCUGAACUUGGGCUCAGAAUUUGAUUCUCUUUCUUGAGUUUUUGAAAUCAUUUACAUGGAAAUUGACGCUUGUGUGAUUUGG